AUGGAAAACAAAUCAACUUUUACAACAUUCAUUCUGGAUGGCUACGCUAUAAUGGACCAGCAGAAGCAUUUAUACUUCGUAGUUUUCCUUUUUCUCUAUGCUUUAAUUUUUCUUCUGAACUUACUUCUGAUUGCAGUCAUCUACUGUGAAAGGACAUUGCAUGAGCCUAUGUAUAUCUUUGUGUGCAAUCUAUCAUUUAAUUCGAUCUAUGGCAGCACAAGUUUGAUUCCUCAUCUGUUAUUUAACCUCACUACUCAGCUGCAUAAGAUAUCUUUGGCAAACUGUCUAAUACAAAUAUUCUGUUUGCACACUUUCAAUAUUGUUGAACUAACCAUAUUAGCUUUUAUGGGCUAUGACCGAUACACUGCAAUUUGUCACCCACUGUAUUAUCACAAUAUGAUGUCUCAAAGAAAGCUUCAGAUUUUUAUAGUUUUUACUUGGGUUUAUCCUUUCACUACGUUUCUGUUAUAUGAGUCGUUAACAAUACACUUGACCUUUUGUGGUGCGGUUAUAAGCAAGACACACUGUGUAAAUUUUGAACUUGUUAAACUCUCUUGCAAAGACAUCACAAUUAAUAACAUAGUUGGGCUUUCAACUAUGUCUAUUUUUAUGUUUCCUCAGAUCCUCAUGAUAUUGUUUUCUUAUGCACAGAUUUUGCGAGUCUGCAUUUAUUCUGAAGAAUCUAAAAUUAGAGCAAUUCAAACCUGUACACCUCACCUUCUUGGUGUUUUGAAUUAUUUUGUUGGAAUUUUCUUUGAGAUCAUACAAAGUCGGUUCAAUAUUAGUUAUUUGCCUUAUGAAUUUCGAACUUUCAUGUCUCUAUAUUUUAUGAUAUGUCCACCUUUGUUCAAUCCCAUUAUAUAUGGUAUAAGUGGUCAGGCGAUAAGAGGUCAUAUCUGGCGAAUUUUCUUCCGUAGAAAGGUAACUGUGUUAAUACAUUAA